UCGUGUUAUCUCACCACACUUCACUGUCUCCUUGGCCGACACUUGUUCCUAAUGGCGAGCUCCACCGGCUUCAGCUUGGCGUCCGCCGCCUCAAGAUUCGCGCCCGCCUCCGGUCUCCCCUCCGCCGGCAACUCACCCUUCCGCACCCUCACCUUCUCCAAGCCCAGCAGGAAGCUGGUGGUCCGAGCUGAGGAUGAGUCGGCGCCGCCGCCGCCGCCGCCGCCGCCGCCUCCUCCUCCUCCGGCCGAAGGCGAAGCUCCCAAAGCUGCCGCCAAGCAGCCGCCGCCGCCGCCUCCACCAAUUGGCCCCAAAAGAGGCACAGAGGUGAAGAUACUCCGGAAAGAAUCCUACUGGUACAAGGGAGUUGGAUCAGUAGUGACCGUGGACCAGGAUCCCAAGACUCGCUACCCUGUCGUGGUUCGGUUCACCAAGGUUAACUACGCAGGCGUCUCCACCAACAACUACGCUUUGGAUGAGAUUCAAGAACUGUGAUCACUGUUUGAUUAAUUCUUGAUGUAUUUUGUAAUCAGUGAACAGAAUCAUCAGUUGGUAUCAAGUUUGUAUGAUAUAUAUUAUAACUUUAUGCUAAUUCCCAAGUUUGUGCCAGUAAAAGUAUUCAUUUUUCAA